AUGCUAACAAGGGAGAGAGAGGGAGCCGGAUCGCGCGGCAACUCCCAGCCUCCGUUGGAGGAGAGAGGGAGGGAGGGAGCCGGAGAGAGCGAGCGCGCGCGAGGGCGAGCCAUGCACAUGAUCUAUCUGGUGGUGAAAGCAGCCGUCGGACUGGUGCUGCCCGCCAAGCUGCGGGACCUGUCGCGGGAGACCGUCCUCAUCACCGGCGGCGGGAGAGGCAUCGGGCGCCAGCUCGCUCGCGAGUUCGCAGAACGCGGCGCCAGAAAGAUCGUUCUCUGGGGCCGGACUGAGAAAUGCCUGAAGGAGACGACGGAGGAGAUCCGGCAGAUGGGCACUGAGUGCCACUACUUCAUCUGCGAUGUGGGCAACCGGGAGGAGGUGUACCAGACGGCCAAAGCUGUCCGGGAGAAGGUGGGUGACAUCACCAUCCUGGUGAACAAUGCAGCCGUGGUCCACGGGAAGAGCCUGAUGGACAGUGAUGAUGAUGCACUUCUCAAGUCCCAGCACAUCAACACCCUGGGCCAGUUCUGGACCACCAAGGCCUUCCUGCCGCGGAUGCUGGAGCUGCAGAAUGGCCACAUCGUGUGUCUCAACUCCGUGCUGGCGCUGUCUGCCAUCCCCGGCGCCAUCGACUACUGCACGUCCAAGGCCUCGGCCUUCGCCUUCAUGGAGAGCCUGACCCUGGGGCUGCUGGACUGUCCGGGCGUCAGUGCCACCACUGUGCUGCCCUUCCACACCAGCACCGAGAUGUUCCAGGGCAUGAGGGUCAGGUUUCCCAAUCUCUUCCCUCCACUGAAGCCGGAGACGGUGGCCCGGAGGACGGUGGAAGCUGUGCAGCUCAACCAGGCCCUCCUCUUGCUCCCCUGGACAAUGCAUGCCCUUAUCAUCUUGAAAAGCAUACUCCCACAGGCUGCCCUCGAGGAGAUCCACAAAUUCUCAGGAACCUACACCUGCAUGAACACUUUCAAAGGGCGGACAUAAGGCGGAACGCAGAGACAGGCUUGAAAGCCACAGAACCUGAGAGGGCCUGGGUACCUGGGCAUAUGUCCACACGCCUGUCUCUUGGCACACUUCUGCUGGGUGAGCGGAACUGCUCCUGUCCUGGGGAAGAAUCUGGCUGCCCACCCCCAGGCCAGCCCCAGGACCUUUGCACAGGACUGAUAGCCGUAAAUCUGACCCCCAUGGGGAGGCAAGAAACCAGCCAGCAGCUGCCUUGACACUUUUGUACAUUUCUGAUUCUGUAGAGUUUAUUGUUAAAUGGCUUCUUGAGUCUAACCAGCCUCAGCAAUGUGCAUAGACCAUUUCCGGGAGGGUCUGUGCCCAUGUGCUCCUCCUUCCCCUCCAAAAUCCACUCAUCCUCAGCUUGUGCAAACUGGUUAAACGGCAGGAAUGAAAAAUAAAUAGAUGGCUUUUGCAAA